GGAGCGUCAGACAGUCUGAACUUGAGCCGCUGCGCAGGUCUUUGCUCAAGAUUCAUUCCUUCUGGUCGCAAGAGUUUUGGAUCUGAAUACCACUGCUCAGGAAGCUGAACUGAGGUGGAGAGCCCGGGGAAGCCAUGUCGCUCUCCAACGGUCACAACAAUUUGGGCAAACUCGCCGCCACUGGGAGCCACGACAUCAGCAACUGCAGUUCCGAGGGGACGGAAUGGUCAGAGCCAGCUGCCGCGCUCAAGAUUGUCUUCGCCCUCAUCGUCCUGCUGGGUGCCCCCGGCAACGGCGCCGUCAUCUGGGUGACAGGUUUCAACAUGGAGCGGAACGUGUACACGGUGUGUUUCCUCAACCUGGCGGUGGCCGACCUAUCCUACUGCCUCAUCUUCCCCAGCCUGCUGGCCUGCAGCUGCCUGCCCGGUUUCCCUUCCAGUGACAUAUUCUGGAGAUUGCUCCGAUGGAUCUUCAGAUUCCACAUGUCCGUCAUUGCUGUGUUGUUGACCCUGAUCAGUAUCGUGCGGUGCCUGUCCAUCACUCGGCCCGUCUGGUUUCAGUACCACAAGGGCCUGGUUUGGGUGCGUGCGGCCUGCUUCGGGGCCUGGGCCCUGGCCUCCCUCCUUUGUUUGCCUGAAUUCUUGCAUUUCUCCACUGAUUCGUAUUCGGGGGCAAAGAUCUGGGUUGCGUUUGAAGUAACUGGGAGCAUCCUGUCCUUCGGCCCUCCCCUCCUGAUCAUGGCCAUGUGCUACAUUUUGGUUGCCCGGACGGUGAAGGGGAAAAUGUUCCACAAAUCCAGGUACCUCGUUCAACUCAUCGUUACAAUGGUCUCCGUUUUCAUUGUCAGCUGGUUCCCCAUCACUGUUUGCGACAUUCUGUGGAAAUUAUCAGUAUGCAUUUCCAUGCAGUCUUUGUACCUCACUUUCUCCCUGGCCUCCUUGAACAGCACAGUCAACCCUGUCAUUUACGUCUUCUCCGGCCGUGACUUCCGCCAGGUCUUCAGGCGUUCCCUGGCCGCCACUCUCCGUCUGGCCUUCGCCGAGGAGAAGAUGGAAUUGGAGACUGAUCCUCCCAUCCCCACCGUUUGUGCGGUUUCUCCCCCCUCACAAGGGCACUUUAAUGACUGUGAUGUUGGACCAUCAGAAGCAGGGGGAGGUGGGGGGUGUUCCUAAUGGAUGUCUCUGUACAUAGUUAGUCCAACUUCCCCUUAGGCCUAAUGUUCCUGGAAAUACCCUCUUUUCAGCUUUUAGAUGUGCAUUACCUCAUUUUCCUGCAUACUUUUCAAACUUUUCUCAGGUCUCUACUCUGCCUUAGUCAGAGAAAACAGCCUAAAAUUUCCCAAACUCUCCUUAUACCUCAUGCCCUCUAAUCCGGGCAGCAUCCUGGUGAACCCCUUCUGCACCCUCCCCAAAGCCCCCACACUCUUCCUGUAACAGGAUGACGAGAGAUGCUGAAUGCCCCCUUUCAUCUCCAAUCGAGGCAGCAUCCUGGUGAACCCGUUCUGCACCCACUACAGAGCCCCCACAAAUCACUUGUAAGGUGGGGUAACCGGAAACAAGUGUUAAGCAGAAAUCAUGAUGUUCAUCAGACAGGAUUGUAGGGGGGAAAUGCUGAUGGAAUUAAUUCAGUAGUUCAAAUGUUGAGUUUAGUAUUAGUGAUUACACACAGUCCACAACCUGAAAUCCUGACUCUUCUUAAGAUGUCCACAGAAAACAGACAAAAUACCGAAAGAACCAAUGACAGAAAAUGAUAGAAAACCAAAGCCCCUCCUCCUCCCACUCACAAGCAGUAGCAAAAGCAUUGAACCUCCCCCCUCCCUCUCCCCCCGACCUGCUCCAUCAAGAGUAUCAAUCAUGUCCCUCACUCACCACCCAAGCAAGAGCAAAGCUCCUCGACACCAUGAACGAGAGUCCAAAGCACAGACGACUGCCCAUCCCAACACUCCCACAUCUGAGACGGGCUCCCUCUCCCAGUAACGAGGGAGCUAAAGGCACCGCUCCUGCCAUAGCACGAGGGAAGUCCAGCGGCUCGCUGCAAUCUGCAGCGUACCCCACUGUCUCGAUGCCACAGACCCCCGCGGUGCUCCAGUGAGUGUUACCGGGUGUGGGCUGACUGGUUGACUGAAGAUAGAAAAGUUUACGGGAUGCAGAUACAUUUCACGGGAUUAAAGCGGAGAAGAUAGACAUCCCAAUAAAAACCCUGCCUCACAUUUUCAAUGAAAUUAACUUUUACAUUAAAUACAUGCCAUCUCCUAUUGGAAAUUUCGACCCUAGGGCAAAGAUACCGGCUAAUCCGUGCCUCUCAGAAUCUUAUAAACUUCUGCCAGGUCUCCCCUCAGCACCUGCUCCAGAAAAAACCAACUCAAGUUUGUCCAACCUCUCCUUUUAGCCCACGCCUUCAUCCUUCCUUUAAUGGGAGCGAGUAGAACUGAAUGCAAUACUCCCGAGUGGUCUCUGUAAAACUUUAUACAACUGCAUCAUGUCAUUUAUAUUCAAUGCCCCGUCCAAAGCAGGCGAGCAGGCCGUAUGUCUUCAUCACCACCAUAUCUGGGGGCGGCACGGUCGGGUAGUGGUUAGCACGAUGCUUUACUGUACGUCUUCAUCAGUCCACUGUACAGGCCACUUAGAAUCAAUUUCCGCCGUCGCCCCCUGUAAGGAGCUUGUAUCCACGUGACAGCGUGGAUUUCCUCCAGGUGCUCCGGUUUCCUCCCACAAUCCAAAGAUGUACCAGUUGGAAGGUUAAUUGGAUUCUGGAAGAUGUCCUGUGAUUAGGGCGCAUGCGGAUCGAUCAUGCGGUGAAUUGAUUCGACCGCCUACGCGCGGGCUUUCGAGUCCAUAUGCUUUCGUUUCGGUGGGGCAGGUUCGGAUCUUCUGCACAGUGAGUUG